CGACCACUAGUAGGUGUCCGUCCAAUAGCACCACACCACCAACCUAUUGUUGCAGAGUCGUGUUGCAGCUGCUGCUUCGUCCUUCCAAUUCCCAUCCUCCUCCACUUGUUGCAGAGUCGUGUGUCUUGUAUCAUCCAGCUGAGCUAAGCUGAGCAGAACAAGCUCGCUCUGGCGCUCUGCUCUAGUAUUUUACCUACCAAACCUCCUCACUCCCUCCCUCCCUUGGUCACUCUCAAUUCCGAUCCGUCGCUCCGCCUCCUGCUGCUGACCACCCCCGGCCCAUCGAAUCGCUCAAUUCCAUCCAUGGAUAAUCACCGGCGGCAGAGCAGCACCAGCAGCAGCAGCACCACCACCACUAAUAAUAAUAAGAAGACGGCUGAGCUGGACCCUGUGCUGCACUCGAUCGGGUUCGAGAUCGAGGAGGUGUCGCCGGCGCAGCUGACGGGCCGCCUCCCCGUCACGGCCAGGUGCUGCCAGCCCUUCAAGGUGCUCCACGGCGGCGUCUCCGCCCUCGUCGCCGAGGGCCUGGCCAGCAUGGGCGCCCACAUGGCCUCGGGCUACCGCCGCGUCGCCGGAGUCAGCCUCAGCAUCAACCACUUCCGCAGCGCCGCCGUGGGGGACGUCGUCCUCGCCCGCGCCGCCCCGAUCCACGUCGGCCGCUCAACCCAGCCCGCCUCCUCUCCCAAUCCUCCAGUAGUACGCCUCCUCUCUGUUUGUCCCCCGACGUCUCGCGCCCCCUCCGAUCCGCGAACGAACCACUCUGACCAUGGUGGCGUCACUGCUGGCCUGCUGCUAAGAGGCAAGUGACGAUAGGACAAACCAGGUACGUAGCUAGCUAACUGAUGUGCAAACGUGUCUCUUCAAAUUUUUUUAAUAAUCACUUCUUGAUUUUCCUUGGUGAUCCAAUUGUUGCAUGAAAAUCAUAUAUGAAUUAUUGUAAAUUCUAGGAGCAGUGAUGAACAGAUCGUCUUAUUUUCAUGAAAUUUCCACAAGAAAUCGACAUGCGCUCGAAUGAUUUCAUUCAAAUCACGUGCUAGCCAUUGAUCUUCGCACACAAAAAAAGAUACAAAGUAUAGAUAAUCCUAUGUUUAGGGCUUGUAGUUUCUCACCAAUAAACAUGACGAACAAUGGCAAAUGUUACGAGAUAGCUGUCACAUUUAUCAUGAUAUACAUAUUUUUGGAACUUAUUUUCAAGAUUAAUUUAAUUAAUACAUAACUCUAUACACUUUUGAAUUAGAAUCUAAUUGGUUUCAUAAAUCACGUGCGUGUCUCACGUGCAUCUGUGCCAGUACAAUAUAACGAUGAAGAUGAAUUGAUUGCACUUGGUUGUACAUAUAAGGCCACUCCCAUUGGAAGUUCCAUAGAGGUUUCAUGCACAUUAAUUAGUGUGCUAUGUAGAAUUAUAUGAUGACAUAACAUAUAAUUUAAGAAGAAAGAGAAGAAACCAGUUUCAUCUAGAUGAAAUUUUCUCUACACAAAUACCAAUACUCCAUGAGGCGUGAAAUUAAAUGUAACACAGACCCUAGAAAAUCACAACAUGAAAUUAUGCAUUGUGAGAGGUAGUUUCAACUAUUAUUUCAUAGUCUUUUUACUUAUGUGGCUAUCUUAAAAACAUCAAUAUGAAACUUUCACUGAAAUUGGCCUAAUGUAUACAGGUGUGGAAGGUGAAGCUGUGGAAGGAGGAGCCAUCGGCGCCAGGGAACAAGGGUCCUCAGAUCUCCGAGUCGAGGGUGACGCUGCUCUGCAACCUACCCGUGCCGGAGAGCCUCAAGAACGCCGGCGACGCGCUCAAGAAGUACGCCGCCCCCGCCACCACCAGCAGAUUGUAGAUAAUAAUUAAUUAAGCUUACACACCAUGUUUGCUCUGCUCUCUAUCUGCCUGCCUUCCAUGUCCAUCCAUCUUCUUCAAUAAUUGUAGCUAGCUAUUAUUGUUGUCCGGCCGGCGAACGAUCCAAUUCAGUUACCUCCUCUUAUUUCUUAGUAUAAUUUGUUAUUAUCCUGCC